GUUUCUGGAAUAUUUUGAAUUGUAUUGGAGGUAAAUGCUUUUAUUAUGUUUUGUCUCAUUCAUUUAUUCUUUUUUCUUUAACAGAGUGGCUGGACAAAAUGGCAGUCAUUACAGUGCAUGAUAUCUCUGAAGCUGUGGAAUUAUGCAACACACAUCGGCUCUUUCUUAAACCAAACUCAAAGUUAAUAAUCACAGUGAUCCUUCCAGAUGAAAGAGACCCCUCCAGGCCAAUACAGAACAGGGAGAUUUUAGAACAGUUAAAGAAUUUGGUGGAUCCAGAACAUUUUAGUUCUCUGAAGGUUUUAAGAAAUACAAAAGAGUUUAUUCUCUUUGAAGGUGAAGCUGAUACAAAAAUAUUAGCUCAAGUACUCUUAGAAAAGCUCAAUGGUAAAAUGCUACAAAUAAGCAGCAUUCAGGAUCUACUCAGCAUUGAUGUCAUGGAGGUGUCCUUGGACUUACCAUCUGAAGAAGAGUUACAGAUCUUUAUGUUAAAACCUGAGGGAGAUUCAGAAAAUGAUUCAGAAAAUCAUAUGAUUACUCCUGCAAUUUGUUUGGAGGGGUUACCUUGUAAAUGGUUUUCAGCAGGCAGUGUGAGUACCGAGAAGCCAAGUGAAGAUGUUCUCAGAAGUGCAUUUGAGAAAUAUGGAAAACUUUCAAAUUUAGAUAUACCUAUGCUUGAUCCCUAUAGAGAAGAAGUUGUUGGAAACUGUAACCUAUCUUUGGGAGGUCUUCAAAGCUUUAAGGCCUUUCUUCAAUAUGAAGAUAUAUCAAGCAGUAUGAAUGCAAUUCAUGCACUCCGUGGAAUGAAACUCAUGUAUUCAAGUGAAGACGGCAAGUGUUUCGCUUGCGAUAUCAAGGUUAGCAUAGAUACGAUACAUUUUAGUGAAGAGGCAAUAAGUAAGAGGAAUGCUGAAAGACUUCAUCUACAGGCACUGGAACAGCAGAGAAAACAAGAAAAGGAGGAGGAAGCUAAACGAAAGAGAAAGGCCAAAGAAAAAAAAUUAAGAGCAAGGAAACGGAGAGCGAAAUUGAAAAGGAAACUUCAGAAACAAAAAGAGCAAGAAGAAAAUGAAGAAAAAAAAGAUAUAUGUUUUGAAGAAGUGGAAAACACAGAAGAAUGGCAGGAGAGGAAACUGCUUCUCGCUCAGAGACGAUUUGAAUCAAUCAAUCUCCUUUCACUGCUCUUGGAACAAAUUAACAAUUUAGUAGAAGUGAACAAACUUAAAGAAGAACGUAUGGAAUGUGAUUUUUCAGAAGAUUCCUGUGACAGUACAAUAUCUACAUAUUCCCAAAUGAGCAAUUCCCUGUCCAUAGUAAGUUUAAAGCAAAAAGAGAUCAGACAGCAUGAGCAUGAGAAUGAAGAUGGCUUUGGGCAUAUGUCCCCACAACGAAAACCUUAUUUUACAUUUGAAAGAGAAUAUACACAUCAGGUUAACGAAAAAAAGUUUACAUCGGCAUGUACAACUAACUUGAAUUUUAAAUUUCAACCUGCUACAUUUAAAGAGGAAAAAGAUGAAGCCGACUCAAUUAAAUCUAACUAUUCUGAGCAUGAAACUUUGAAAAGAUUGCUGACUAGGGACACUUCUAGCAUUGAAUACUGCAGAAAGAUGAAAAUUUAUGAAACAGAGGAAUUCAUUCAUUAUUUGCUGAAUUAUUAUAACUACCCAGAAUAUGCAAGGUUGUUUCUGGAAACUAAGGAUACUGCAAGCAAAGCUUGGUGUUCAAGAGCAGUUUAUUAUAAUGGUGAUACUGUUCAGAUUGAAGUCAGAAACAGUCAGAACUGCCAUUUUACUGAGAUGAAAACUGAACAGGAGCCUUGUCACAAUAUGGACAAUAAUGAACAUGAAAGUAAAUUACCAAAAGAUAUCCUGAAAUCAGAGGUUUUGUCUGAGACUGAGGGUCCAAAAGAGUGUUCUAAGGACACUGAUAAUAAUUUAGGUAAAAAUGAGCCCACAACACCUUUAGGGACAGCAAUGUCUCACUUUGCUAAAGACAAUGAGGAACCAUGUGCAAAAGAAUGGAAUCAUGAAGAUUCUACACAUAGUUCAGAAUCUAGUGAUGAGCUAAAAGAUGUCCUAGAGCAAAUAAGCAGCACUUCUGAAUACUUCAGUGAAGAGAUAAGUGAGUCAGCAGCAAAAGUGAAUAAUAUAAGAAAGAUUUCCAAAAAGCAGAGGAAUAUUGCUUGCUUGAAAAAAGCUAAAUCUUGCUGUCAUUGUGAGCAAAAUAGGAUUUGCCACCAUGAAGAUAUAUUGGGGCAUCUGUUGCAUUCCUACUCUGUAUGCAGGCAUAUCAAGAAGCACACAAAAUGCCAUCCAACACAAGCAUGCCACAAAGCCAAAGUUCAUCUACAUUAUGAUAGUCAAACAAGUGAUACUGAUACAGAUAAACCAGUGUGUGUAGUAAAGAAGAGAAAGAAGGUGAAAAGAAGUCCUAGUAGCAGCACUGUGGCAGAGAGAAACCAAUCGAAAGAAAAGUGCUUUAACUCUCACAGACUGGCUGGUGUGAGUGAUUCACUUCAGAAAAAUAGCUACAUAUGGCAAGACAGGCAUGAUGAAAUACCCAGUAAUUUAUGCUGUUUUGGAGAACAUCACAAAAAAGUAAAGAAAGUAUCUAACCCGCAACAAUGCUACAUUCCAGAAUACAAGACAGAGUGUUUAAAUCAAGAAGAACCCUUGUGGGAUUCUGAUGAAUCCCCCAACUGGUCUAGCUCAAGCCCUGACCAUUCAUCUGUAUCAACCUUGAAAUCAGACGUUUGUUCCAAAGGAUCAUACAAUGACUCUUUAGAAUGGGAGCAUCAUUUCUAUUGCGGGGAAGAACUCAGUAAAGGUCCAAAGUACAACAUUUAAUAUAAAAAUCACAUAAUAAUUAACCAAUGUUCUUUUAAACGGAAUAUGUUAUGUGUCUUUUACAAUACAUAUGUACUGUAAGUGUAGCAAUUUAGGAUUAAGCUACUUUGCCACAAAUAUAAUUGUUGCCAAACUUCAUCAGAAGAAAUAUCUUCAGUACCUUGUAUAUUAAUGGCUCUUUAUUGCUAACCUCUUAAUCAAGCAAAUAACAUCAAUCCUAAUCAUGAGCUGAAUAUGGCCCACACUGCUUAUAUAAUUGUGCAAAUGUACAGAAAGUAAAUAUUUAAAUGCCCUUGUGUUGUAGAGACUCUUUAAAUACAUGUGUUUUUGUUUCCCAUACAUUUUUCACUACAAGAGUUUAUUGACUAUAUGGGUGACAUCUCUCAUUAAAAAAAAUACAUUGUGGUUAUUACUGAAGUUAAAUUGGGUUAAGAUAUCUUUCAUCUCAACAAAAGCCUUUUUAUUAUAAAAGGCUCCAGAGACUAUAACUGAGGUCUUUCAUUGUAAUUAAAAAAGACAUACAAAAGAAAAUUAUAUAUUAAGUAUGUUAUGUGGAGUGUCAGUGCACAAUUUCUAUCAUAAGAAUAUACAUUAUUGUCACUUGGUUUUUAAGGUGCUAAAAAGAUGUCUUCAAGGUGUGCAUUAAAAACAGUUGCAUCCAACCUUGACACCAGGAUGGAAAGCUUGACAUACAUAUUUAUUAAAAUGAUGUCUAUUGCAUAACUACAGGUAUGUGGGUGAAAGACUUUAUAGCGGUUUGGUUACCUGUAAAAUGUCCAGUGCCCCAGAGGGUUGCAAGGUUCAACUUUCUAUACAGUCAAGAUUAUGACUGGCGGGAGACUAUUCCAAUGUUUAUUUCCUUAGAACUAGUGCCAGGAGAAUGGUGAACUGUUUUGUUCACAUUCACAUUAUUGUGGUGUAUUGUUUUACUAAUAUAUAUAAUAUUCAAUAAAAUAAAUAUUUCCAUUACAUUGCUUUUUUUUUUUUACUACCAAUGUAGAAUUAAAAAUAGAAUAAACUUAAAAAGAAACAAUUUAAGCUAGAUUUAAAAGUUUUUUGCUUAAUAUCAACUAUAGCCAUCCUAUGUCUCUUCAGCUAUUGCGCCAGUCUUCUAAUAUGAUUGGACCUAGUACUUUAUGCUACAGGAAGCCACAAUGUCAGGCAGGCCAAAUGUGGGUCAAAAGAAAUAUGCUAACUUAGCCCCUCAAGACAAAGUCAGAAGCUUAUUGGCUUGCACAUGGACACCUUCUGAUGGCCUGCUGACAAAUAUCUGGUCAGAAAUCUGUUGGGCAGGUUUUAAAAUCCUUUUGACAAGGAUGCCAUCUGCAUUUUGAAGUAGUACUCUCCUGAUGGUUCCUGACCCAGAUGAAGAUCCAAUCAUUAGCCUCACUGGA